CGACUGAUAGAUCGAUCGGGUGUGCUGGGGUCCUGGCACUCCGUGACUCGAGGACGUGUAUAUGCUUAUUGGAAGUCUCUGAUGACCGUUCCCGACAUCAUAAGCAUGCUCGUCGUUGAUGGCGGCGCGCUCGAGCCCUUCGGCUUGCGCCGCUUUCAGGGGAAAUCCCCUGCCCUUGUCUUGAAAUAUGAACUCAGUAUAUAGCUACUGGCCUCGGAGGAGGUGCAAGUGGAGGUACAACCAGGCCAAUCUGCUGUCGAUGUCUCAAAAAUAUUUCAUUUAUGGGCAAUCAUAUUGCAGACUAUGUCCUCUAAUUUGGUGCAUCUGAUCCGCGAGGUAGCUUCAAACUCCGCUAGGUAACAUAAGGCACUUGUGAUGAGCCUCCUGCCAGGGGGGAAAUCAUGUAAUUCUUCUAGUGCCAUUCUAUGUAAGGAGUUAUUGUG